GUGUGUGUGUGUGUGUGGGUGGGGGAGGGGGGUAUUUUUUGCCAUUUGUUAUUUCGAACUCACAAUGGUUUUUGGGAUUACAGAAAUGGGAAUGUUGUGAUUUUAGUUCCUUCAUUGUUUAAGGAGUAUUAUUUAUUUGGCGGCGGCCGCUGCAAUUUGACUUAAAUGUUCAAUGGUUUAAUUGCACUUCUGCAUCCACUUCUGUUUAUCUCUGUGUAUUUCUUCUUGAAAUUAUAUUGCUUAUUGAGACACUGAAUGUGAAAGACUAAGUGGUACUGAUAGGUUCUUACCUGGAAAAGUACUUUUCUUUUUGUUUUGACUUAAAUGUCAAUGGCUCAAUUCCACUUCUGCUUCUCCCUCUGUGUAUGUUUGUGUAUUUUCCAUUCUCGAAAUUAUAAUGCUUAUGAAAUACUGAAUGUGAAAGUUGUAUUGGUAGGUUAUUUCCUUGAAAAGUCCUUUUAUUUUUGUUUUAGCUAAGCAUAAAAGUUACAUUUUUGUAACUUUACUUAUCUUAGGCUUAGCCAAACAUGUUCUCAGUCUUUUUUCUGCGUGUUGCUGUACUAGUAUCAACUGUCUACUGAUGUAGAAGAACAAUAAGAAAUUCUAGCUAAUCAUAGAGACAUUGAUAAGGAUUACAAAUGAAUGACCAAGAAGUACCCUUUGACUUUACGCUUUUUGCAGCUAAUAAUUUUAAUUUUGUCCUCCAAAAUUUAUUAAUUAUAUUCAGCAAACUAAUAUAUGCUGCAUAAUGCAAAAUCGAACGAUGGAAAGUCACCUGCAUGGAAGGAUCCAAAGGUUGAUUAGAACUCUGAUGUUGGUAAAUUGUGAAGGCAUUUUACUUCCCACCAACUUCUACAAGGGAUCAUGCUAGAGACGUUUAACAGUAAUGGAUAAUUACAGAUGAGAUCCUUGCUCCAACACGUAACAAGAAUGGGUUUUGUAGAAAUAUGAGAUCAGGUUUACCAGAGGGAAUUUAUUUUAUAGUUCACAAGGAUCAUUUUCUUACAUUUCUUGUUGGCAUCUCUUCAGGUCAUUCAUUUUUGGAUGAAGUGCUUCAAUUACUGCUAUUUCAUCAUGGUGAACAUUCUCGAUGAGGACGAUACUCGCAUCCCCAAGGUAAACAAAGAAAUUGUGAAGAUCCAGAGAGUGGUUGCUCCCGUGGCCAAAUGCAGCUUAAGAGCCUUAUUGAAGCUUAUGUUGAAAAAACUGGGAGCAGCCAAGGCUCCAACAUUCAACGAGUGGGAAAAAUAUUUACCACUUUUUUGGCUGCUCGUCCCACCUAGUGAAGAAGACACCCCGGAGGCCUGUGCUGACUAUGAGCAAACAUCAACCGGGCAGGUGACAUUGCAGUCCGUGUAGGACACACCCACAAGGACUCGGAAGAUUGACCAUGUAUAUGCAAUAAGCACGAAAACUUCUUACAUCGCAAGGAUUGGAUAUUGUUGGACUGCAUGAAGGAAAAAAAAAAAAAAAAAA